AGAUUUGACUUAUAAACAGCCACAGAUGAUACGUUUACAUUAAAGCAAUCACACACACCAUGUAAAGGGGUGUGUGUGUAUUCAGAGCAUGCCAAUUAACUAUUGGUUUAUUCAUGUUCCCGUGCGCGGGCAUGGGCUCAGAAGCUAGCCAAUAGCUAGCUAGCAAUUUAUAGCAAAAUGCCUAUUUUUUUCGUUAGCUGAGAAGAUGCUAUGGGAGUAAGAUAAAUGUAUUCAUGAAAGGACUGCGUUUGUGGGGCGAGUUUCCGCUCAUUUUAAUGACCCGUAAACCCUUUUUCGGCCCCUAAAGCCACAGCGCUCGAACAAGAGAGCAUCCGAGCACCAUUUGCGGAUGUAACUAACCUACGAUAGACGGGCAUUAUAUCGGGAACACGAAGUGGUUUGACUGGACGUACCAGAGAUAACACCUGAAGGUCAAGAAUAAAGUGCAAUUGGAGGAUUUUCUUAGAUCUCUCCACACAAGUCUGACCUUCACCUAGUUGUUCUCAUCUGUACAUCGCUGUUCCUGCCAUCAAAUUGUCUGUCACAGCCCUUUUGCAAAGCACCCUUUCCAGCUUCAGUGCUACUUGCUGAAAUGGAUUGGGCCACACCAGCUGCCAAAUUGAAUCCUUACUCUCGAGCUCGAAUGACAGAGGCCUGGCAGCAGCAUGCUGUCGCUCCACCUCCGGUUGUCCAUACCAUCCCUUCAGGAGCUGAGAAUGCACUGGGCUGUGCUGUGUAUGGCAUUGUACUGCAGCAAGAUGCUACGUCUGUGCAGCAGCAGCAGCAGCAACAAACCCAGCAUGGACAGCACGGCCAGCAACACAGCAGGGGUCAGCAGCAUGGAGGUGUUCAGCACAGUCAGCAACAGCACCCCACACAGGCCCAGCAGACUUCCCUACAAGUAGGGUCAGAGGGAGGACAUAAGUGUGGGGCCUGUGGACACGAUAUCUCUCACCUGGCUAACCCACAUGAGCACCAGUGCAUGGUGAGUCAGGACAGGUCAUUCCAGUGCACCCAGUGCAUGAAGAUCUUCCACCAGGCGACAGACUUGUUAGAACACCAGUGUGUUCAGGUGGAGCAGAAGCCCUUUGUGUGUGGAGUGUGUAAGAUGGGCUUCUCACUUCUCACUUCUCUAGCUCAGCACCACACAUCACAUAACAGCACCAAUCCAAUGAAAUGUUCAAUAUGUGAAAAGACCUACAGACCGGGUUCUUCUGGCAGCACCACACCAAACUCCAACAACCCCCAGCUGCCCAGCAGCGAUGGGGCAUCAGCCAGCAGCAGCUCAUCCAUCAUACCUUUUCCCUCGGCCCGAGACCGGCCAUACAAGUGCUCGGUUUGCCAGAAGGGCUUCAAGCACCUCUCAGAACUCACACGGCAUGAGAGGGUGCACACAGGAGAGAAGCCCUUCAAAUGUGACACAUGUGACAAAGCCUUUAGCCAGUCGUCACACCUACAGCACCAUCAGCGAACACACAGCAACGAACGCCCAUUCAAGUGCGCUGUUUGUGAAAAGAGUUUUAAGCACCGCUCCCACCUCGUGCGCCACAUGUACGUGCACUCUGGUGAGCACUUGUUCAAAUGCAACUUAUGUGAGCUGCACUUCAAAGAGUCGUCAGAGCUCCUCCACCACCCUUGCCACCCACAGGGUUCCCGCCCCUUUCGCUGUGCCACAUGCGGUAAGGGUUUCAAGCGGCCGUCCGACCUUCGGCAGCACGAGCGCACGCACUCUGAGGAGCGUCCCUUCCACUGUGACGAGUGUCAGAUGAGUUUCAAGCAGCAAUAUGCAUUGGUGCGUCAUAGACGCACUCACAAAGACCCUACUGAUCGACCGUUCAAAUGCAGUCUGUGUGACAAGGGUUUCAUGCAGCCCUCUCACCUCCUCUACCACCAGCACGUCCACGGCAUGGACAAUUUGUUCAAGUGCGCCUCAUGCCAGAAGGAAUUCAGCCAGUCAGGAGAGCUGCUCAGACACAAGUGCGGCGAGUCAUCCAGCACAUCACCUGACAAGCCAUACAAGUGUGACGUUUGUGGCAAGGGCUACAAGAAGAGUUCCACGUUGCAGCGUCAUCAAAAUUCUCACUGCCAAGAGAAGCCCCUUAAGUGCUCGCUCUGCGACCGCCGCUUCCUGUCCUCAUCAGAAUUCGUGCAGCACCGUUGUGACCCAUCACGGGAAAAGCCACUGAAGUGCCCUGAUUGUGAGAAACGUUUCAAAUAUUCAUCAGACCUGAACCGACACAGGCGCGUACAUACAGGGGAGAAACCAUACAAAUGUGACCACUGCAACAAGGGCUUCAAACAGCGUGAGCACUUAACCAAACACCAGAGCACACACUCCAGAGAAGGCCAGAAGUGUGUUUGGUGUGGGGAACGUUUCAGUGACUUGGGCUCCUUGCAGGAUCACACGGUUCAG